AGCGUUCUCUCAUAUAUCUUCCACUAUUCUCCUCCUCCUUGUACAGUUGAUAACUUAGCCAUGGCUUCUUCUUCUGUGAAAUCUUUCAUCACAGCUAUAUUCCUUAUGGCUCUGACAAGCAUGACGCUGAGUUCGAUUGUGGUAGAAGCUCGUCAUCUUCUGCAAACGACACAGCCUUCGAUGCCAAACAUGCCUGGAAUUCCAAGUAACUUGCCUAAGCCAACAGGAUUGCCACCUUUGCCUUCAAUCCCAACAAAUAACAUUCCUCCUUUGCCAACAAAUAUCCCAAAUCUGCCAAAACCCAAUUCUCUUCCUCCUCUUCCUUCUAUGACCACCAUUCCGAAAGUGCCACAAACCACACUUCCUCCAUUUCCCACCAUUCCUAAAGUGCCACAGGCCACAUUUCCUCCAUUGCCCAACAUUCCUUCUGUUCCCACUAUCCCUACUACUAUGCCCUCCAUUCCAUUCUUCUCUCCUCCUCCUCCUAAUUAAAACCACAAAAUGACCAGUCACUUAUUAUUUUGUUCAUCCCAGUGUUAUUAGUUGUUUCAUCUAUUGUGGCUGCUACUACUCAGCAGCAUAUAUACCUAAAAUUUCACUUGUAUUGGUUUAAAUUGCUUUGUCUCGUAUAUGUCUCUGUAUGUUAGGAAGAAUUGUACGUGGCUACAUGUCAUUUUUCCCUUUACUUUUCAUUUGGUGUGAAAUUUGGGACAUUGUGUGUAUUUUUCUGUAUUCCUUAGGCGUUCUUAUUAUUGAUUGUAAUCUUUUCCACACUUGCUAUAUACAAUAAUGCACUUGUGGCGAUGUUCAUCCA